AUGUCUUCUGUAUACAAAGUCUCUCCAAGCCCGCAGUCCCCCGAUCAGCCCCAAGACCCCAUCGCGCUCUUCCACGACGCCGCUAGAAAGCUACCAGAUGCAUUCAGUAGCGGCUUGAGCCCCAGGCUCCAGGGUAAGGGUACUGACGCUGACAGGGCCAAGCAAACAAACGACCUGAGACGAUCCAACGCAAUAGGCCGCGGGAACUCAGUAGACAAGGCACACCACCUAGACAUCGCCGUACAGUCAGUGUCCAGGGCCCCGGCCUCGGGAUCCUCCUCCUCUUCAGCAAGCAUCACCAGCAGCAGCAGCACACUGGGAAGCCGCGCCAGCGAUACGGAUCUCCCACGUGUUCUGCGCUGUCUGGUGGACAAGGGAUACUCUUGCACCACGAUCGGGAGGUACCUCGUUGAGAUCCUCCUUGGGACCGACUCGUUCUACUCCGGUCUCAUUGCGAGAUUGGUUGAGGCGAACAGGACGUACUGCGAGAUAUGUAUCCAGGUGUUUCGUCGACUCGACCUGAGUAACGAGGACGGACGGCCCUUGGAAUGCGAGGUUGAGACGGGGAAUGUUGAUUUGAAGCCUGAUCCGUCUAGACCGACUAGGAGCUUGUAUGCGGAUGGUUCUGAGCCGGCGGAGACUUCUCCAAGUCAUGGUUGUACGCGGGACGAUUUGCGGCGGUUUGAGGAUGUGAGUGACGAUCAAGUUGAGUAUGUGGAUGUGGAAAUGGGGGUGGCACGCAUGGUGGAUAUUUCGCGGCAUCCGGUGCAUCUCGUUGAUUCCUCUCGACAGUGA